AUGUCAUCACGGAUUACUCGAUGGAGAGAAAUUAAUAAAUCAGUAAUUGAUUUAUUUAUUGAGACAGUUAGUACAAUAGAAACAAAUGAACAACAAAUAAAUGUUUCAGAUAAUACAGUUGUUUCCGAAGACUCAAUUGAGCAAGAAGUUGAUGGUGUUGAAGAAACAGAUUUUGACACAGAUUCCAAUCUUGACUCAGCUGAAGUCUCUCAUAGUUCUGAUUCUGAUUCUUGUUUCUUAAAUCAUGGAAACUUUAUAGAUGACAAAAUAGUAAAUAGAAAUCUAUGUGAAGAACUAGCAGAAUGGGUUGUUGUAAACCAAACUUCACAGUCUGCAACAAACCAACUUCUUUUUAUUUUGAGAAAAAAUGGCCACGCAGAGCUUCCAAAAGAUGCAAGAAGGUUAUUGAAAACUCCAAGUAACAUUCCACUGCAGAAUAAGUGUGGUGGCGAUUACAUUUACUAUGGUUUGGAAACUAAUAUUUUUAAAUAUUUAAGUAAAUUUUCAGAUUUUGAGAAAAUUGAGUUAGUUGUUAAUCCCAUACUUUGCUCAUUUUCAAGUAUCCAACCAUUUGCUGUAGCUAUUUUCUGUGGCAAGAGCAAACCUUCAUCUGAAGAAAGCUUUAUUUUUGAUUUUGUAAACGAGUUAUCAAUUUUAUUACAAAAUGGAAUCAAAACUCCAUAUAAACAUUACCUAGUUUCCCUUAAAUCAUUUUGUUGUGAUGCUCCAGCUCGACAAUUUUUGAAGUCAAUAAUUAGCCAUAAUGGAUACGAUUCUUGUGAGCGAUGUGUUAUUCGUGGUGCACAUGUUAAUCAUCAACAAGUUUUUUUAGGGUCAGGAUAUACUCUGAGAAAUAAUAGAGAAUUUAACCUACAUAGUUACAAAGAACACCAAAAAACAUUAUGUGGUCUAGCUAAAUAUAACAUACCAUGUGUUACAUCAUUUAUUUUAGAUAUUAUGCAUUUGGUUUAUUUAGGAGUAACUAAAAAAAUUAUAAUUUUUUUCAACAAUGGUAAAAGAUCAUGCAGGAUAUCAGAGGUUCAAAAAGCAAUCAUUUCUGAAAAACUUAGAGAAUUAUCAGGAAAAUUGCCGAGCGAGUUUGCAAGACAACCAAGAGGUAUUGAUGAGUUUAAACGCUGGAAAGCUACAGAGUUCAAAAAUUUUCUUUUAUAUAUAGCUAUGGUUGUUUUAAAAAAUAUAGUUUCUCAAGAAAUAUAUACGCAUUUCUUAGGCUUAUUAGUUGCUACAAGAAUAAUGGUUGAUAAUGAUCUUUUGAAUGAUCAUAAGUUGUUAGUGUAUGCAAAAGAGCUCUUGGAAUGGUUUGUAAAUCGGUCAUCAUUUCUUUAUGGUCAAGAAUUUGUUACUUAUAAUGUUCAUAGUUUGACACAUCUAUAUGAAGAUGUGGUCAACCACAGCUGCAGUUUGCAAGAUAUAUCUGCUUUUCAUUUUGAAAACUAUCUAGGCAUUCUAAAAUGGUAUGUGCGCAAGGCAUAAAGUCCUUUGUCCCAGCUGACAAAAAGAAUAGAGGAGAUAGAGAAAUGUUGUCUAACAAGAAGCAAACAAUCAAAAACUAAAAUUUCAAUUGGAAACAAAAAUAGAUAAUUUUUCAUUCAUGGAGAAAAAGUUGUUCGUGUAAAUAAUGUUAUUGGUAAUGAUAUAGAAUGCUAUGUCUUUAAAAUAUCUGAUUUGGAUGGGUUUUUUGAUGAUCCGUGUUGUUCUAAGUUGUUGCAUAUAUAUUUCCUUCAUAAAAAUGUACAAUUCAAGGAAAAAUAUAUAAAAAAGGAUCUAAUUAUUAAGAAUUAUGUGGUAUUCCAUAUAAUAAUGGGAACUGUUACACCGGACACAGAUGUUCCACAAAAAG